CGCAACACCACACACACAUACACUUGGACUACCAAAAUUGCCAAAGCUCCCAUCUCGUGCCGUCCAUCUUCAGACGACACCCAAUCAACCAGUUACAGAGCCAAUAUAAAGUUGCGACGUGCGUAA